GUGACUCCCGGAAGUUUUUGUUUCCUCACCUGUCACUUCUGACACGGUGCGAGCGGCUAGCAUCGUCUCUUUGUUUUCCUCCGAUGAAAAUGCCUUAUUUUAUCUGGAAUAAAUGAUUAUACAAUUCCGCCGACUGUCACCGCAUUGAGGACAACAUCUAACACGGUUAGUGGAAGUCGAAAGUGAAAAUAAUCGACUGCCUUUGCUUCCCCUAGCAACAAAUAGCCAGGAGACGUUAGCUUAGCGCUGGCUAACUGUUAUCACCAUAACAGAUCGAUCAUUGUAAACACCGCAGAUAUUGAUACUUGUGCGAUGUUUGUGAUGCUUAUUGUCUCUACAUGAUGUUAUCAAUUCUCAAACCUGUCUUUGAACUUCCUUCCAGUGUGUGUUUAAGCUGACAAAUGAGCUACGGAAGCUAACACAUUAACAUUAGCAGCAUAUACAGUCGAGAUGCAUUGAUUGUUUACAUCCAGAUGAUGACUGCUCUGAAUACUUGUAUGAAUAAAACAAGCUCUCUUUGUUGUUCUUCCUGUCCUACCAGCUGUUAGCUGGUGUGAUUUAUUGAGAGCACAGAGCCAGAUUUGACGUUGCUCUCCGUGUCUUGUUUUUGGACUCAAGUUGACUUUCGUUUUGAUUACUUGCCGCCGGGGUGACUUUCGAUUUCAUCGAGUUUGUUGCAAUCAUCCUUGACAGUCAGCGGUCGUUCUUUAGUGUUUUUUCCGAGUUUAUGGCCAUGUUAGGUUUCUUAUAGCCUGUUGGUGUCAGUCUGCUGAAACUUGUAUAUCUUAAAGCCCCGGCCUUCGGUGUUUAAAACUUGGCUCCUCAGUGUUUGCUGCAUCAUUGCACGCUGACAUCACCCACCAGCCUUAGCUGCGCCGUCUCUGCUGUGACUUACUGUAAGUGAGAGGGUCAGAGAGGGUGUGGAGAGCGUUUUAGGCUGUGUCUGCUGGAUUUAGAGGUCAGAGAGACACUCUUAACGUCUGUACCUGCGAACAAUCAGAGUUCACCUUUGUGUAACACUUAACCAUUAAAAUUACUAGCAGAAUACCAUAGGAGAGAGUGGGGUAAGUUGAGCCACCCCCUGUUGCUUGGAAAUGGUGAAAGGGAUUGAUCAUGUGACCAAACAUUUAUGAGAUAGGCAUCAAUUCAUGGAGUCUGUGAAGGUUAGAAGCACAUGGGUGAAGUGGUUAGACAUUUACUUAAAAAAAACAUUUUUAACUCUUGAAAGUGAAUUUAGUCUGUCAUAAGUUUUAUUAGAAUUGUGCUUAGACCAAAAAAGAUCAUUUUAAAUUUGUUUUAUACAUCAAUUGUGGUAUCUAUGAACUACAACAUGAGGUCAAAAACCUAGAAUAAAAGUCCACCAUUUUAUCUAAGAGGACUAAUAAUGUCAUUAUUGUAGUUCUGGGGUAAGUUGAGCCAGUGGCUUAACUGAGAAAGUGAAUAAGUCUGAUGAGAGGAUAAGAGUUUCAGUUCAGAUUGUUGAAAUGUGUGACUUCUUUUCAAAAAUACAGCUGUGAAUGUUCUGAAUCACUUAAAGGCAAUCUCAUGUUAAUUUUUUAUUUUUAUUUUUUUUACAAAACAGACUUUAACAAAAAUUGUACCUGUUGAAUAGUGUAUAAUAGUUAAAAAUACACAUGAAUGUGAAGAAGUGACUGUUAUUUAGGGAGAGAUAAGGUGAGGGAGGGCUGGGGUGCAGAGUGGGGGGUAGUAGUGAUACGGCUCAACUUACUCUGCUCCUGUGGUCAACUUACCCCAUACACGGGGUAAGUUGACCAUAGGCGACCACUUUAUUUUGGCAUGCUCUAUUAUCAAGACAGUUAUGUUUACACUCAUUUUGUUGGUUUGCAGGAAUGCACAACAUCUUGAAAUAUAUGCAGAUACACUAGUUAGAGACAAAACUAUGAUUGCCUUGAUGUAGUGAUCCGAAAUAUGAAAAAUGGCUCAUCUUAUCCCACUCUCCCCUACUGUCCAGCCAUAAAUUUUCAACACAUGGACAAUCUAAUGCAAACCCUGUACAACAGCCCUUUCACAAUAUCUGCUUUAAUGAAGUGUCUGCAUUUUUAGUUUUCGUGGACAUUGUCAGACAGGUGAUCAUAGUUGGGGGUUUCCCUUUUGAGUCAAUCUGGAUGGCCUCUGUUGAAAGAGUGAUACCUAAUGUCUCUUGGCUAUUUUUUUUUUCUGUAUAUUUAAAAGUCGUGCUUUCUCACAAAAAAGGGAGGAGAUUUGCCACAUGGUCAUAUCAUAGACUCCCUCUUACUGUGGUGACACUGUCAUCUUUAUAUUUAUUACAGGUUAGCGUAAUGCAGUCCAGGCACAGUCCAACACUAAAGCAAAAUAAUUAAUAAAAAAAGACCUUUUUAAAGAUGUGAUUUAAUAAACAUGUCCCCAACAGAGUAAUUCUCUAAUUCAGUGGUUCUCAAGUCCAGUCCUCGAGUCCCCCCGUCCUGCAUGUUUUGGAUGUUCCCCUGCUCCAACACACCUGAUUCAAAUGAUCAGCUCGUUAACAAGCUCUGUCAUGGCUUAAUAACGAGCUAAUCAUGUGAAUCAGGUGUGUUGGAGCAGGGAAACAUCCAAAACAUGCAGGACAGUGGGCCUCGAGGACUGGACUUGAGAACCACUGCUCCAUGUCAAUGUAUUAUUAUCACUUCUCAUUUUAUGGUAGUAUUUAUGGCAGCUCUGUGGUUGUCAGAAACCUUUGCUCACUGUGCUGCUUCCUCUCUUAACCAGAACACUCUUGAAAAAUAGAUUUCUGGUACCAAUGGAUUUUAACUGAUGAGAUAAAGUUCAGUCAAAAGUUUGCUCUAAAUGAUAUCUGUAUUUGUAAUGCUGGCCUGAUGAUGGCAGAACUGAGCUUAUUCUCUUUUAGCCUGAUGCUGUUUAAGGUCCAUCUCAAUGAAUUAUGUAACACCUUGAAUCUAUGACAACACCCUCUGUAAAACUCCUUAAACAACAAAGCACACCUGUGGAACAAACAUUUGAGCAGCUAUUUGAUUCAAUUUUUAAAUAUAGACUAUAUGUUAUUAUGUCAAGUUUCAGCUUUUAUUCACAGCUCCCUUUCAUAAUCACUUAAAUGUCAAACUUGAUAUGAAGAGCAUGACUCAUGUUUUAGAUACUCUCUGUGUUUACAGUCCUUCACGCCACAUCGUUUUAAUGUCAAAGACGAACAGGACAGGUUUUCAGAACAAUACCACGACGGUCUCUUUCCCCUGAGAAUAAGAUCACAAAUUAAUUUUUCCCUGCUUCUUUCCUUGUGAAAAAUUUGAUUUGCUUUUAAAAAAUAAAAUUUUCAAAACUUUUCUUGCAUCAGAGGUUUCUACUGAAAAGAUAUGAAAGACAAUUAAACACAAAAACUGUCAUCAAAGAACGAAAUAACAGUGGUUGAUUGUAAAGAGGGGCCAAUUAUUUCCAAACAUGCUAGUGCAAACAAUUUACAAAGCUUUUAAUUAAAAGCUCAGUGUGUAAUGGGUGGAUGAAUAGAUUAUAAGAGUGAGGCAUUACGGUGUUUGGUGCUCGCUGAAAUGUAAAGCUUGCUGUUUAAACUCAGUCAUUUUGUUAUUUUACAAAGAUUAAAGAGCUUUAUGAUUUUGAACCUGAUUCUUUUUAUGUCAUCCUCAGGUCUUCACUCUGCCUCUAAGCAGGCCUGUGCAGGCAUGGAGCCCCUGGCGGUAGAUGAUGACAUUUGCAUCCUUAAACAUGAGACAGCCUACACUGCUGCUGGAGAGAGUCCUGUAUCAGUGUGUGCCGGUGACGAAUCUGUCGCUUCCCACUUUGCCUUGGUCACAGCCUAUGAGGACAUCAAGAAGAGGCUGAGAGACACUGAGCGAGAGAAUACGUUACUGAGGAAGAGGGUGAAGCAGCUGGAGGACAAGGUAUUGAUGUAAACAAAGAAGCAACAUUGACAUAGAGGAAAAAAAAAGGGAUUACGUGUAAGGAGAAUGAAGUCAUAGAGCAUACAGCUUAUCCAGACAGCUAAAAGCUCAAAGUGCUAACUUCAGUGAGGGUGGACUGAAAACAGAUCAGUGAAAAUAGAUUUUUGUUUUCCAAUUUCCAGGACAUCAGAAUUAUGAACAAACACAAAAUACUCAGAGAAAGUUUGGAGAGAGUCAGCAAAUUCAGCAGCACUCUACAAAAUACUUGCCUCUGGGAGAGUCUGCGUGCCAGCACCAUUAAUAUUGUUGGCCGAUAGUCAAAGCUAGAAAACAAUGAGACAUAAAUCUGCCCUGUCUAAAACAGAGACGAUGCCUAAAAAAGCAUGACAUUGCCAAACAAUGUGUUGCAGCACUACACUCGGGGAAAAGGCUCCUGAAAUUGGAUUUAAAAAAACAACAGAUUGAGCAGAAUACAGUGAGAGCUAUUUGAAUAGGAAGGGUUUAUCUGCUGCAGCUUUUCUCUGCAGCUUAUCAAGAUGGGAUGUGGUGAGUGGAAAAUAACUUUAUAUCAUAGAUACUCUGACAAAAUGAUCUCUCUGUGUGUGUUUUAUCUAUCCCUCAUGUAGCUCUUCAGGCCAGAUGCACCUCCAUCAGAGGGUCCCCAGUAUGUGAACAAGGCCUUCAGUGCUUACCGAGGUAUCUAUAUAGAGAAGGAGGACCUGCAGAUGGAGCUUAACAAACUGGUGCGUUUACACAUUUGUUUGAAUUUUCCUCAAAUCAACUAAAGCCUGGCACAAAGAUCAAGUAUGUUUCUAACAAAUGAAUGUUUAAGCUCAGUGGAACAGUUCUGUGGCUAAAUCUUACUGUAAUAUUAAUGAUAAAAAGUACAUAGAAGCACCAAGCAUGCAAUAUCUUCGAUUUGGUUCAAAUGAUCAUUUCUAUUCUCUUCUUCUGUCAGAAAAAGGAGAAGAGUGAGAGUGAGAGGCUGCUGACUGAACAGCUCCAGGCCAAAGAGUUGGAGCUGCUUCAGCUGAGGACAGAGAUGGAGACCAGCCAAGGUACAGGUAGAGAACACAGGGUGGUCUUUUACUCUGUAGAACAAACCAGCUGUCCUUUAAACAAUGCCCAAUGAGCUCUGACAACAUACAGGGAGUAUAAUACAUUUCCCUUAAUUUAAUGUCUGUUUGUGGUGACAAUCACAUUGGAAGCAUUUUAAUAUACAAGCCUGUGAAAAAAGUGAAUGACAUCUACCUGUGUAGAAAGAAGUGACUUUAAUCCAAGGUUAAACUUGGGUCUUCCUCUACAUAAGAUUUCACAGAAGGUUAUUGCACUCUUUUAUUCAACUUUCUUAUUGCUGUUUACACUUUUCCCAAAAGUUAAAGGGAAAUCCAGAAGUAUCUUCAUAUUCUUUAUACAAAACUUUUUAUUAAUGUUGACAUUACAUCAAGAUUCAGGGUUCCUACGCAACCAUGGAAAGUAUGGAAACAAAUUUGAUCAAUUUCCAGGUCUUAUAAAGUAUGGAAAAUAAAAAAUAAAGUAUGGAAAAAUAUUUAUGUUUCCAGACUCUUAUCACAGUUCUAAAACACUGUUUUCUAAAAGUGAGGUAUGGAAAAGUAUGGCGAUUCUAACUGUGUAGGAACCCUGAGAUAUUGUUGUUAAGUUUAUGAAUGAGCUACUGCAUUUUAACAGUUUUCAAAUUCCAGCUGUUGAGUUCAGUUGUUGAGAAAAAAGAUUUCGUUUGAUUUGAGCAUUUGCUCACUAAUUAGUAUAAUAUUAAUGUCUAUUAUUGUGUGUUCAGUCAUGAAGAGCCUGAACAGCCCACAGGACUACUGGCAGGUGGACCGGGUCAGCACUGAGCAGAAGAUCCACCAGCUGCAGGGCGAGCUAGAGAGGAUGACCCUGGAGAACAGUCGGCUGCUGGAGAGAAGUGGGGUGAGUGACAGUUAGACGACUGGAAAAAGGAGGACCAAAGAGAGCAGAGCUGAAACUCAGCACUCUCUUUAGCUGAAGUGGCAGAACUAGACAAGAGGGGGGAGUCGGGGAUAGGGGCAACAAAACAAGCCAACACAACUAAUCAAAUGAGUGAGGAGAAGCCGGGCUGAGAAGGAAGGCAAGGGUUGGAAAUGUUUUGACUUGGAUAGUACAAAAAAUGAUUGAUUAAAAAAAAAUUACCUAAAAGAAUAGGCUAAAAAAGAGACUAAGAUUUGUUGAUGAAAAAAUAUUUGAACACUCAAAACAACUUCAGACAUCAGCUCAACUCGAUCUUCUUCAUAACUCUGUUUUAGGAGGAACCCCACGGCCUUAACGGACCAGACUUGGAUCACACCUGUGAUGCCAAGUACAAAGCAAGGUAAAAAGUUUUGUGUGAUUUUUGUUGAAAAUUGACUUUUGAUCCAGAACCCUGCCUUCAUUUAACUGAAGUAAGCAAGAAUGACACCCAAACAUUGCAGCUCUGUGAAAUUAAGGGAUUCUUCUUCAGUUUGGCAUAGACUAGUAAGUAACCUUUGAGAAUAAAGGUGUGAAGUUUAGUUAGCCAGAUUGACCACAUGUCUCACAGACCUCUUACUAAAUUACCUAAAAGCCUUUUAAGCAGAAAACUACAGAACUGACACCAGCUUUUUGUCGUUUUCCUUUCGUCAGUGCUUGGUUUAACCACAGAGCUUGUAAAUGUAGAGCUGCCAGUGUGCACUUGAAUCGAAACUUUUUAAAUCUAAGUUUUCAACAGUAAAUGCUCUAUUUCUUGACUUUGAAACAUGAACUAAAUUUACAAACAUGCUUAAAAUAAAAAGGGGAAGAAUGAAGCCGUUCAUUCUGGUAAAGACACCAGGAUUUGCCAUUACAGCAUUAAAAAAGUGACCUGAGGAUGAGAGGUUAGGAAGAAAAGUGGCAUCUGAGAAACUAUAAUGUUCAGAUAAUUGCUGCUUUUCACAUGAUAAAGGUUGGAUAUUGCCUCUCCACCCUGAUGUUGUAAUAAACUCCUUUAGCCACUAGAGGAGGGUGCAGCUCUGCAGAAUACUCCAUGUCAGGCUGCUAACCUCACCUAAUCUUGGGGAUGAUUACCAUCCAUCAACUGAUGCACUCCAGUGUUUUGCUGCGUACAAGGUUUAAAGCAUAUGAAAUCACCCUCCACUUACUUUUAUGGGGAUAAUAAUUUCCUGGGGGGAAAAAGCAUCUACUUGCGUUCCAUGGAGAAAAUUCCAUUUAUGGUGCAUUUUAAUUGUUAAAGGUGUCAGCAGUUUUGGGGUGGUGUUAGUUUUUUAGCAGCACAAAAAGCUCCUGUUUUACUUCACAGUUUUUUUUCCUUCCGUGCAUUUUUUGGUGCUGUUUCUGGCAGGUGUUUGAAGUUAAGGAAAAGUGUUGAUGAGAUUUUACAUCCUCACGUAAGGUGUGGAAAGGGCAGUUUGUAGGUGUUGCCAAAAAUUCCGUCACUUUUUUUUUUUGUUUUAAAAUGUGGUGUUACUUUUUAAUGAAGUUCUUUUAACUGGUUGGUUUAGCAUUUUAUUUAGCGAUUAACUUUGUUUAUUGGGUCAGUAAUUGAUUUAUUAUAAAGUGAGUGUACAAAUAAACCCACAAUAUGCCCUCUUUCCUGUGAACAUAUGCUGCUGUGGGUUUUUGUCCAACACCUUUGAGACUCAGCUGUGGCUUUAAAUCGGAAAAGCCAGUAACAGCAUUAAAUUUGUCUUUAAAAAAAACACUGCAUAACACAUUUCACACCACUAAGAAGCCACUCAUGGGUUUUGAUUAAUGUCUAAAUAUAGUCUGGUUAAUGACGCAUCCUAUAAAGUUUGGCCAUAUUCAUGUCUUAUUUGAAUUUUUUUUUUCUUAGAAUUAAAAUAAAUUAGUGGAAAGUGAUCCCUUUGAGUUUGAAAAAUGAACUCUUUCAUACUUUGCAGGAAAUGAUCUCUGCCUCGCAAGAUUUAGCUUAAAAAAAGACUUGACAAAAAUGCUCAAAACUUUCUGCAAAGAAGAAGUAUAAAAACAUGAAUGUUUGAGUGAAAUGUUGUGUUCUGCAGAGAGAGGAGCAUGCAGCAGACUUAUGAGGCUUUGAGCAGCGAGGUCACGCGUCUUCAUUCAGAGCUGAAGCACCAAACAGGCCUGAUCAGGAAACUCAGACCUCUCAUCAGUGAGAGCAGGCAAGGUGAGACACACUUACACACAAAUACAGACGUGGAGCCACGCUCAGGGCUGCACCAUUCAUGGUGUAUAUUUGAAUACAAAUCAAUCCAUCUGUUACAUGUUUGUAUGAGUGUAUGUGAUUACCCAGCAGCACUGCCUCCCCUUCUGCCUUUUCACACCUUCUCAGUAUGUUCAGCAGUACCAGCAGCAUCCUGUAUCCCCUAUAUCCCUCUAUAGCAGGGUCUCACAGGUUACUACUGAGAUGCAGCCUGUGCAGACUUGAGAUCUCCUGCUCAUACAAGGAAUCUGUCUUGGUAUUUUGGUGCAAAAACAACAGCAAAUUUCAGAAUAAAAAUAAAGAAAAUCAGACUGAUACUUUUUAUGUAAAGUGAGCAUACUGUAACUGUUUUGCAGAUAUGCACAAGAUGAUGGUAAAUGCAAAUAUCUUACCAUAAAUAAUGUAGAAACUGUGCAGUGUAAUUGAUAAUAUUUGAGUUAAAUGUGCAUCAAUGCAACGCACUGAGACUGAUUUAGAGUCAUGUUGUGGAUCUAAGUUUGAGUGCUGUAGUGAGGAUAGAUGAGAGUCUGGGAAUUGUUAAAAAAGCAUGCAGCAGAGGUUGAGCAUAAUAUUUAUUAUAAUCUUUCAUAUGUUGUAGACCAAAAAUAAAAAGGUCAAAACUGGGUAUCCAGCAGUGUUCUAACUACAUGGGACAUGAAUAAAAUAAUGCCAAAAUAAACAUAGACUUAAGAUCAUUGGCGUAAUGAUGGACCUUUUAGAGCUGUGUAGAUACAGUAUGUACAUCUUGAUGAUUCAGUGUAACUCUCCAACAGGUUGAAAUAAAAAAAAAACUGUACCUGUGUUAGAAAACAAGUUAAUGGAGUAGAUAAACUGGAAAAAAGUGCGUAUAAAUGCCAUGCAUUAAGUGAACUUGUCCAAGUUUGAGUGAUAUGCUGUAGAGAUGAAUAAGUCUCUGUCAUGAUGGAAUAAAGGCUUUAUCAAUGAGGUUUACACCAAUCCAGAAAUACUGGCCAUCUAAAUCUGGAUUAUAUGCAGACAAUAUUUAAUUGAGUUUAAGUAAUCCUAUUCAGUAAUUAUCAUCUGGAUCAAGACCCAUUAACACAUCCAGCAUUUUUCAGGCUAUGAAAUAAGCUGGAGUAAAUGUUAAAGCCAUAUCCUUGAAUUCAAAUACUUUUGUUACUGAUUUGGACAAUGCACCUUUCAUGUGGAAUCCUUGCACUAUUAAAAUUGGAGGCCCCUGUUUUAAAAGUGUUUCAACUUAGACUUGCUACAGUCAUCUGAAGUACUUAAGAUGAUGAUAUUUCUGAGACCCUCAUGUAUCUUACCAACUUUGUCCACGUAGUUUCCAGUUAGUGGGUUUAAAGAGGAGAAAAACGCGUUUCCUUCAUUUCUGUGCGGUAACCAAAAAAUAUAAGUAGAGUGAAAGUAGACCAAUAUCAAUCAUAAUGUUAUGCUUGAUACCCUGUUGCAUGGGGCAUAGGUUGGAAAUGACUCGAAGGAAGAAUUUUACUAAUGUUAACAAAGUAUUCUUAAAUUAUUUGUGGUUUUAUCCAUAUUCUCCUGCAGAGCUUGACAACCAAAGAACUGUUCUUCUAAACUGACUCACAAAAGAGUCAAAUUACUUGACACUUCUCUCCGUUCUUGCCCUGUUUGGUGUAAACUUGUUUUUGUAGCAGGUGGCAUACCAUUUAUUAACACCAGAUGGCAGAGUUCACAUUUAGUGUCUGGAAGAUAUUGAUUAGCGAUCAAAAAAAUAAUUUCAUAUGGUAAUCUUAACGAACAAGUCGAGUGGGUGGCCGGGUGGGUUAGCGUGCCCCAUGUAUGGGGACCGUGGUCCUCGCAGCUGUUGCAGGUUCGAGUCCAGCCCCAACCGUGUGCUGCAUGUCCUCCCCCCUCUUUCUCUAUCUUCCCAUAUUUCACCCUGUACUAUCAAUAAAAAAAAAGAAAAAUAGUACUUAAAAAAAAAGUAUUAAUAAUAAGUUAGGGGGAGAUUCAGAUGAAAGUUCUGCACAGAGCGUAUAAUAGUUAACUCCUUUUCAGACAGAUUCUGGCAUGGCAGUGGUAAAAGAGGCACGGUUUUACACUGUUUGUGGGAAUGCCUGCAUUACAUUUCCCCCGGCCAGCUGUCCCCCAUUAUAUAUAUUAGCUCUCUUUGGGUUGUCUGUGACCAAAUAAAAAUUUGGAAAAUUCUUUUAAACCGGAAGAUUUUAAUUCCAACCUGUUUUGGUUUGAGCAAAUGCUUAGACGUGUUUAUAGACUUGAUAGGGAUGUAAUCAGCUUCUUGAACUAGGUCUAGAGGGAUUGUGGGAUACAGUCAGGUCUUUUUUAACUUCUCACUACCAAAAAAAUGAGGAUAAUUACUGUCAUUUUAAUGAUCGUAUUAAUAACAUUAACAAGAACAAGCAUGAAUUUCAAGCAUGCCCUAAGUAUGUAUUGAUGCCCACUACCCCCUUUUCUUCUGUCUGUUUAUUUUUGCCUUUAAUGUUUAUUUGCAUGUAUGUCAUGUGUAUCUGAGAUUUAUGUCUUGUCUGUUCAAGAAUAAGAAUAACUUUCUUUAUCCCCAAAGGGAAAUUCAAUAAGUAUAAAGUAUGGUAAGUAUACUUUAAGUAUGGGAUUGAAUUAUUAAGGACAUUAGGCAGGUACUUAUCUUAAAUGUAUUUUUUUUUUCUUUCUUUUCAUGUGAAAUAUCAUAACUAUCGCAAUCUUUCACAUACUGUACUGACUUUUGAAGUUGUACCUUUCCUUCCACAUUUUUUAGGCAGAUGAAAAGGAUAGUCUGUUUUAAAAAUGUUUAAAUUAUUAAAGUACAAUCUACAAUUAGACUUGGUGAGUCUUUUAUAACCCAUGAGAACUGUGAGGAAUAGUGUUUGGCGUACUGGACCAGUUUGACAUUCAAAUGUGUCUUAAACCUGAGUGUCAUGCAGUGUCAAAUUUGUAGUUCAACGUAUACUUCAAAUACAGUUUCAGGACUUCAAACCUUGCUUCUCUGCUUGGUAACUUCUGUGGCUAACAUCAAAUGAAAUAGUAGUUUACUGCAGCUUCUCUCUUCAGGGAGGCUUUUCUGAAGAACUACUUCCUGAGAAGAUCUCUCCUGCUGCUCCUUGUUGCAAUUUGUAUAAGGGUGUGAUAAGACUGUGGAUAUUAUCCAAGUACUCAAGCACUUUGACAAAGGACAUCAUGAAAUGGUCUGUCCCUCCUCUCUUCUUCCUCUGUGUAAUGUAUUCGAGCCUUGGAGAGAUUACCUCUGUUGUUGAUUCCCUCCGAGUGUCAGAAGAAGAGACUAGAAGGUGAAAAUUAGAACGAAAUAUGGCAAGAAAAUAAAUCUUGCUCUAUUUAUUCCACUGAAUACAAGGGUAAUCCUGUAACUUAGAUGAGAGAGAUGGAGAGAAAUAAGGAAAGCAAGAGAGAAAAUGGAAGAGGGGGGAGGAAAGGGGGACAUGUAUUUAUUCAGUCAUAUUGUGCAUCUGUAUUCUUCUAAUGUUCUCCUUGAAUCACUUUUAUUCAAAUCCCAGACUCAGGAGACCCUCUCAUGGAAGAGUAGCAGAGAGAAAUGGAUGGAGAGAUGGUACGAGGAGAAGAUACUCAUCUCAACUUUAUUAUUUGCUCAGAAUGAUGAUUUGACGGCAAAGCGGUGAUGUGUGUGUGAGAUUAGGACUGCUGAUAUAUGCCGGAUAAAUUACCUGUGUGGAAUAAUGUACUUGUGAACAAAACCUAAUUAUUAUUUUGUAUAUUUAAUGCAUCAGAGGCAGUGAUAUUUACUUGGUGAAAAGGUUUGUAGCCUGCUGCAUGGUGGGAGAUUUCACCUCUUUCUGAGGUCUAUUAUGUAGUCAGGGAUCAAAAGGCUUUGUUGUCCUCGCCUUUGAAUUUUAAAAGUUUCCCGGAACCUUAUAUUUAAUCCACGGGUAAACAUGUUAAAGAGUAAGCACAGAGGUGAGAUCUUGGUGCCAAAUACAAAAAGAAAACUUUGUUAGCUUUUGCAGGGAAGAAGAGAUGACUUCAUUUAGAGCGUCUGCUGGAUUUACAGGCUGCAGUGAUUUAGUUUAAACUGUUUUUUAUGCACAGUUAAGGGCAGACAAACAAAAUAGUAAUUCAAUCAGUCGUCUAUCUUAUUUGAAUCAGCAGUGUCAAGCAGUGUAAUUAUGCCCUCUUACCAUAACAACUAAAUAUUAGAGACUUUGAGAUGACCCUAACUAGCAGAGGUAACAGUUAAUGUUUUGAUUUUAAAUAUUUUUUGAAUAUUUUUGGUUAAUGCUUCUUCCACCAGUACAUGUCCUCAGCACAGUCUGGCAUUAUCUGGCAGUACUUGACCAUUACCAUCUUUCCACUUCUAACCCCACCCCUCUUUUUUCUGCCUGCCUCAACAGUUCCAAUACAGUGUCGGGAUGACGUGGAAAAGAACAACAACCACACAAUUCCCCGGGUGUCAGUGCCUCGCCCCCCUAGUGCCCCCCCACUCCCCUCCUGCUCCGGUCGCCCCUGCCCCCCUGUCUGCGGGCCAUCGGGCACCCUGCUGCCUGACAGCCUAAGAGAGGACUGCUGGUACAAUGGACCCUGGCCCACCCAGAGCUGCUCAGGAGAGGCUCUGCUGCUCGGAAGCGACACUUGCUCUGUAGUCCUGCCCCCGCCCCCUUUAAACCAGGCCUCCCUGGAUGACAGCUCACGGUCCUUCCCCAGCCCACCAAAACCAAGUGAUGCCAUGUUCUGGGAGGGACACUCUGCCACGUCCAACUCCUCUUCCUCAAUCGGAAACUGCACUCCUCGAAGCCCUCCCAAUGCCGAGUGGACCAAGCCCUAUUGAGAGGGGCUUUGAUGGGGGAAUCAAAGAUUGAAUAAAAGUGUAAGCAGAAGGAAGAAUAAACCAAUGGAUGAAUGAUUGGACUGUCCAACCCUGCCACAUAGCUACCACCUAACCUGCCUUAAGUUGAUAAGACCACUCCUCUGGGCUGGAAUGGACUGCUCCUGCUGAUUGUGGGACCUGAUUGAGGUCAGAGGAGGCCUUUUUCGAGGUGAAGACUCUGUAAACUUAUCUGUCAACUCUGCACACCGCAUCGGUGAACAUAUUGGACUUUGCAGAGGAGAAGUUAAUGAGACCCUCAGCAGCAGAAUAAAUAGUUUGUCCAUGUGUAUGUGUCCUUGUAUGCCCAUGCAUACAUGUGUGCGAGCAUGCAUACGAGCAGUUUUAUUUGUGUGUGCAUAUACACACAUCAAGCAGAGUGUGCCUGUGUGUGCAGAUCAGUGUGCAGGUGUCAUUCGCCUGCCUGCAUCUGUAUCUUGUCAUAAUAAAUCUAAUGUGAUCACUGGAGCCACAACAUGAUAUAAUUUGUAAAAGUGUACUCCCUCCAAUACAAGUCUUUUUACAUUUGAUGGCUGUAAAGUAUACAAGGUGUGUAGUCUCAUGUCUCAUGAUCAUGUGAAGGAAAUAUUUAGGUAUGAAGAUUCAGUGUGAUUGUUUUUGUACUGUGGUGGAGACAGACAUACAGUAACUGUAGGAUAAUCACAUCAUUUUUGUUCCAAAUAUAACAGAUACCAAAUGAAGUCUUUGACAUAUUUUCCUCUUUGACAAGUUUAAAGUUCAUCAAACCCUUCUGGACCAGUAUCAAAGCAGGCUGCCAGCCUACACCUACUCAUGCUUAUUGAAUUAGCAUGAAGUGAAGUGACAGUGUUUUAAGGACUAUGUAAAAUGGGGAGGAACUCUUAAAAUGUAUAGCUGUCAUAAACGACACUCCACUGUCACUUUCACCAGAAAUGAUUAAACUGCUGAUGAUUUUACAGUCAACUCUUAACAAGCUCCCUAUACCUGCCUGUUUUCACAUAUUCAAUUCUCUCAGAACUGCUGACAGAUGAUUUCGUGUUGUUUUCUUCUCACUUGCUAAAGCGGCAUUAUAAGUAAGGCUGUGCAUUCUUGGAUGUUUUUUUUUUUUUUUUGUAGGACUUUGAACUUGAGGGACUCACUGUACAGGUGUCUCACACACUUCUCUGUAUUUGAAACCCUGAAAAAAUCAGUAACUUGAUGAGGUUCAUGGAGCUCUUCAGCUCGAAAACAUGUAUCUGAACUUGGCACACAGCUGAUGAUAAUCUAGGAAAUACUUUGAUUUACAGUGUGGCUUGAGUUGUUGUCUGAAGAGAGCAGGUUUGUUGUUCUCUUUUUAAGAAUAAAGUAAGCAAAAGGAUUGAAAAAAGAAGACCCAUGAACGCAGGAUAUUUGGAGGGACAACUGAAUCUGUAUAAAUGUACAUGGUGAGCUUCAGUUCUUUGUGAAAUGCAGUUUUGCACUUUGAACCAUAGGAUGUUUUUUCUGCCCAAAUCUUUAGACUUCUGAUAUGUAGUUAUGCUGUCUGCAAUGGUGGCCACACAAUAAGUCUAAUAACCUGAGGAAAUGUGACUUGAGAAAUAGGUGCACAAAGCACAAGACCCCAUGGUUGUUGAAAAGAUGUUUUGUUUUUCCAUUUUCUUCAGUCUCGUUUCAUAACUGUGGUCUUUUUGUUGAUUUCUAAGAAAUGUUAUUUUACAGCAGUAGUUUCAUACUUCUGUAAACGAUUUGCAAACCAAAAUGCAAUGUACAGUAGAUAUGGAUUAUAUUUUAGAUUUACUGCACUUCAGACUGUUUGUAAAUAUGAUCAAUUAAACGAAAGGAAAGGAA